AAAAUGUGGUAAUACAGCAGUUUUACUUCAGUCAUGGAAAUCAAUACUAACUUUAUUAAGGUUCUUAUUUAUCUGUAACUUAUACAUUUUUUAAAUUAUAGUAUUCAACUAUUGAUUUUAGUUGUUUUGGCUGUUACAGUUUUAUAUUAAAUACAAAUAGGUGAUUUUUUAAAUAAUUAUAGCUGUUAUAUGACAGAAUGUAAAAAUUUAGAUGGAAUUUUCAAUGUAGGGAGUGUUUUAAAUAGUAAUAAAAGUGAUGAUAUUGUAAAUGUGCAAACUAAUUUUAAUAGAUUUUCCUCAUAUUCAUCUCUAACUGAAUCAAAUUCCAAGUAUAGAACAUAUAAACCAAUAGAAUGGACUUUGCAGUCUAUUAUGAGCUUGAUUUAUUCAACUAAUUAUGGUCGUUUUAUUUUGACUGAUGCAAAAGUAAACCAUGAACAUUUAUCUAAUGAUGCUCAAAAUACACUUACGAGACUUAAUAAAUUAUUUAUUUAAAGACAAAGCUCGGUAAUAUACACUAUGUUAUUUUAAAUAUUUAUUAUAAAUUAAAUAUGUAUGGGUGCAAGUUAAAAUAGUUAACAUGCAUGAAAACUUAUAGUUCUUAUAUAAAAUAAUCAUAGACAUUU